UGCAGGGGUGGAGCGUAUCGACGGCUGCCUCUGAUGCUCCGUCAGCCUCACAACCAGAACGGCUGCAGCGAGCGACGGGAGAGGAGGAGGGGGGUUUGUCUGACACCGACGAAGGACGAGGCAGCUGGGGAUUUUUUGUUGUUGUCGGACUGCUGGAUCUGUGUGCUUUCCCCGUGCUUAAUAAACGCUCACUUCUGGGAAAUAUUAUUUGACUUCUGGGGAUGUACACAGAUAUGUUUUGUGCGUGUCUUUCAAAAGCCGUGAGAUUUGUAUUUUUUUAAGGAGUGUUUGAACUGUGGAGUUUUCCCUCGUCAUCAAAUGGAUGCAAGUGCGUGAGGGGAAUACUAAUAAACGGCGCGCUGCGUCCUGCGGAGGAACGCCGCUUCCCUUUUCCAUCGCCGCUCCAAAGGGGCCAAGCAGAGCCCAUCGACACUGUUUGCCGACCUGCGGGAUUUUACUGCCUCAACCCAAGAAUUAACUGAGCUGUGGAACCUUCGUUUCCAGUUUUUUGGGGGGAGGGUGGAUCCAAUCCUCCUGCGUGGGAGGGGGUGGAGGGCGCAUCAAAAUGGGGAACAGCUUCUCCAACAUCUCUGCCUUCCAGUCACUUCACAUCGUCAUGCUGGGCUUGGACUCUGCCGGUAAGACCACCGUUCUCUACAGGCUGAAAUUCAACGAAUUCGUCAACACCGUCCCCACGAUCGGCUUCAACACGGAGAAGAUCAGGCUGAGUAACGGCACGGCGAAGGGCAUCAGCUGUCACUUUUGGGACGUGGGUGGACAGGAGAAGCUGCGGCCCCUGUGGAAGUCCUACAGCCGCUGCACGGACGGCAUCAUCUACGUGGUGGACUCGGUGGACGUGGACCGGCUGGAGGAGGCCAAGACCGAGCUGCAUAAGGUCACCAAGUUCGCGGAGAACCAGGGCACGCCGCUGCUGGUCAUCGCCAACAAGCAGGACCUGCCCAGGUCCCUGCCGGUGGCCGACAUCGAGAAGCAGCUGGCCCUACACGAGCUCGCGCCGUCCACGACGUACCACGUUCAACCCGCGUGCGCCAUCAUCGGAGAGGGGCUUCACGAGGGCAUGGACAAGCUGUACGAGAUGAUCGUGAAGAGGAGGAAGUCUCUGAAGCAGAAGAAGAAGCAGCAGCGGUAACGUUGGCUGGAGCUGGACUCCGUCUCUGCCCGACCUGCUGUGAGGAAUCCUGGGUGCUGCCAUUUGCGGCGCCCGGUUCGGGUUGAUUUCCGGUUUGCAUCCAUCCUGUGUUAGGAGUUAAACCCGUCAAGCCCUUCUGAGUGAUGCUUUUGCACACAGACGGUUGCAGAGUUGUCAAAGGAACAUGAAACCAAAAAACAAACAAACAAACAAACAAAAACAAAAACAGAGACCUGUGAUCCAGAUACUUUGUGAGAGAAACGGGCUGGCCUGUUUUAUCUGCUGCUUUGUCUACAACUUUACAGGAACAGUUUGGCUGCUUUGGAUUUAGAUUCUGUUAAGUCAUCUCACCUCCAGUAGACAGAUGUCUUAUUGCAAAGAGUUGGUUAAAAGUGAGGAAAUUGUAAGAGUGA